UUUGUGUGCGGGCAGGCAGGUUGGCGUGAUCUCCGUCUCUACCCGGUUUGUUUUGUUCUCUAACAAAGUGCGAGUGACGGAGCGGCGCUCGGCUCAUCGGGUAGAGCACGGACAGCGUCUUUGUUUUGUAUUUACAGUGGCCUGUGUUCUAUUUUGACGCCACAAAAUGGGUCCUGGUUAGGAUUAUUUCGGAAAUAAAGCAGCAUUGAGUUUUAGGGGCGAGCUGAUGCGGCUCAGGGGCGAUCGGCGGCCCGCUGCCGUGUGUGAAGCCUGGGGCUGAAUUAAUCUACAGUCGCCGCGGAGGAAAGGACACGCCGAUAACGACUCCCCAUUAUAGAACAACAAAGAAACAGAUCUCCUCCUGAUUCUCUUCUGGGAGUGCUCUCACUUGAAAAGCCGCCAAGAUAGCUGGACCGGGCAGGAAACGGCACAGCUCAGAUCCAGACCCCAGUGGAAGCGGCUCCGGCAGCGGGAGCGAGGUAGGAGACGGCCGAACCAUCAGCGGCAAGUGGCUGAAGAUGGCCAGCAGCAGCACAGGAUCCAGCGAAUCAGGCCGCAGGCGAGGUCAGAGAGGACCCGAUGACACGGUCAGCACCAGCAAGAAGAAGCAGAAGGACAGAGCCAACCAGGAGAGCAAAGAGGCCAAACGGGUGGCCACCAGCACAGAGACUAAGAAAGAUUUGUUUCUGGACUGGAAGCAGAAUGCGUACGAGGUGAUCGUGAGGCUGAACUGUGGAGGUGCUGGGGUGCAGAGAGUAGAAGAUAUUGAGUAUGACUUUUCAAAUUCUGCCUGCCACAUCCGGCUGCCAGAUGGGCGUGAAUGGAGCUGUCAUCUUCAUGAAGAGAUUGAAGCCUCCUGCAGUAAAUUGAAUUAUAAGGAGAAAUCGAAUGUCCUGCAGCUUGUCUUGCACAAGAAGAUCCCCCUCAACACCUGGCCCGCCUAUGCUAAGAAAAAGUCGGAACCAGUGGAUAUUCUUCAAAAGAAUGGAAGCAACAGCUACCAGUCAAGCACAGGGCGGUCUGAAAAAUCUAGCGAAGCCAUUGAGAAAACGCCCCCAGUGAGCUCUGCUGAGCAGAAACGAGGUAAACCUGACCGAGGGCUGAAACGAGGGAUGAAAAGCAAGCAGGUGCACGUCACUGAGAGCACAGGAGAAAAAACGCCAGAGAUUAAAUCAAGCGAUAAAGCAGACCUGAUCAAUGAGCCCAGUGCAAAGCGCACCACACGGCCCUCUAAAAACACAAAGGAGCCCCCGCUGGCUCCCUGCUUGGGAAACGAGUCGAAGUCCAAAGCAGCAGUUAAUGGCAAGACGCACACAUCAGCGGUUAACAGUGGUGCCUCUUCAUCAAGCAAUGCAAAAGACAACAGGGCUCAGCUGCAGGGCAAACCUCAAGGAUGCCAGGCAUUGCUAAAAGAAAAAGGGAUUGACAGGAAGCCAAAGAGCAAUGCUCAGGUUGGAUCAGGUGAAAGCAAGAGUGUCUCAGUGUGUGAGCCGCAGGUGUUGCAGAAAGACUGUUCUUUUUCUCCUGUGAAAACAUGCACUGAUAAAAUAGCGUCCGAUGAGCCAAAAAACAGAAAGGAGGAAACAAAGACACAGGCUGAAGCCCACAUCCCUAAAAUGCUUCCUUCUCAUGACUUGGGAUCUGGAGAGCCUGCUUCAACAGACUCCAAAACAGAGGAGUCUCCGCAGAAGACCCACACAGAGGAGAAGAGGGACAAGUCCAAGGAGGAGCCACAAGUAGCGAGCCAAGAGGAGGAUACGGAAGGUCCGGAGCCAAUGGUGGACUUGAAGUGUGUAAAGAAUGACUCGUAUGAGAAGGGAACAGAUCUGAUGGUUGUGAAUGUCUACAUGAAAGAAAUCUGCCGGCAGACGUCCAGGGUGCUGUUCAGGGAACAAGACUUCACUCUUAUCUUCCAGACCAGUGAUCCCAACUUUUUGCGCCUUCAUCCGGAUUGUGGACCAAACACUGUCUUUAAAUGGCAGGUUAAACUCAGGAAUCUAAUUCAGCCCGAUCAGUCCAACUACGCCUUCACUCCGUCCCGUAUCGACAUCACCCUGAAGAAGAGACACAGUCAGCGCUGGGGGGGUCUGGAGGCCCCUGCCACACAAGGUGCAGUGGGGGGCGCCAAGGUUGCCGUGGCCUCCAGCCCUUCUACGCUUGAAAAGAGUCAGCCAGGAAGCAGCCAGCAUGCACUUCCUGCAAAAGAAGAACCACGGGUUGGAGAGGAGAAACCCAAACCCCCUAGAGCCCCAGAGGACUCUGGUUUGGAUGCUGUGACCCCACGCUCAGUCUCCGAACAUGUGUCCCUUAAACAAGAACCUGCGGUUGCCAUGCCCAAACCUACCUGCAUGGUGCAACCCAUGACCCACACUCCUCCCGUAGGCAAUGAGAGAGCAGAAGAGGUGGAGGAGAAGAAAGUAUGUCACCCCGGCUUCACUGGACUGGUCAAUCUGGGAAACACUUGCUUUAUGAACAGUGUGAUCCAGUCCCUAUCCAACACACGGGAGCUCAGGGAUUAUUUCCACGAUCGGGGGUUUGAGUCCGAGAUUAAUUGUAAUAACCCAUUGGGCACGGGUGGACGGCUAGCUAUUGGCUUUGCUGUUCUGCUACGGGCGCUGUGGAAGGGCACUCAUCAUGCUUUUCAACCCUCCAAAUUAAAGGCUAUAGUUGCCAGUAAAGCCAGUCAGUUUACAGGUUAUGCGCAGCAUGAUGCUCAGGAGUUUAUGGCUUUCUUGCUGGAUGGGCUUCAUGAAGACCUGAACCGCAUCCAAAACAAACCAUACACAGAGACCGUGGACUCAGACGGCCGUCAGGAUGAAGUUGUUGCAGAAGAGGCAUGGCAGAGGCAUAAAAUGAGGAACGAUUCCUUCAUUGUUGACCUCUUUCAGGGCCAGUACAAGUCAAAGCUGGUGUGCCCAAUGUGCUCUAAGGUCUCCAUAACCUUUGAUCCAUUCUUGUACUUGCCAGUCCCUCUACCUCAGAAGCAGAAGGUGCUGACUGUUUUCUAUUUUGCUAAAGAGCCUCACAAGAAACCAGUCAAGUUCUUGGUCAGUGUGAGUAAAGAGAGCUCGAGCACGGCUGAAGUACUGGAGUCAAUAUCUCGCAGCGUGAGGAUCAAACCAGAGAACCUGAGGCUGACAGAGGUUGUGAAGGGCAGGUUUCACAGAAUCUUCUCACCAUCUCAAUCUUUAGACACGGUCUCGUCCAGUGACCUGCUCUUUUGCUUUGAGAUGCUGUCAAAAGAUCUCAUCAAAGAGAGAGUGGUGCUGCUGAAGAUCCAGCAGAGACCUCAAAUUCCUAGCAUACCAAUCACAAAGUGCGCUGGUUGUCUGAAGCCUCCUGCCUCUGACGAGGAGAAGCUGAAGCGCUGCACACGCUGUUAUCGUGUCGGCUACUGCAAUCAGACCUGCCAGAAGAACCACUGGCCUUCUCACAAGACUAUGUGUCGGUCUAAUGUGGAGAACAUCGGACAGCCGUUUUUAAUCAGCGUGCCUGAGUCUAGACUCACUUACACUCGCCUCACACAGCUUCUAGAAGGCUACUCUAGGUACUCUGUCAAUGUGUUCCAGCCACCUUUCCAGUCAGGUCGGACGUCCCCCGAGUCCAGCCUGUCCCGUGUUGACCUGACCUCCAUGGCGAGCAGCGUCUCAGAGUGUCAAGAGAAGGACCUACCAUCAGCGGGAGACGCAGAAAACCCAGCAGAGCAGGCUGGAUCUGUCACAUCCUCACAAACAGAGAGCGCAGCAGAUGGAGGAGACACUCUCUCCACACACACCACUGACUCAGGUUGCUGUGAGCUCGCCUCCAGCUCCCAUGAUUCUCUGCUGGAGAAAGAAACGUCAUGUGAAAAGGUUGUUAAACCAGAAGCUGUAGUGACUGGGUAUCAGCAGCCUUCUGAGUCAGCGAGUGGAAGUGCAUCUCAAUUUUACAUCACGAUUCUGGACUCAAGCCAAAAGGACGACAAAAAACUUGAAGAGAAAGGUGACGUGGUACUGGAGCUGCCUGAUGAGUGUACACUAGAGCUGGUGUGGAAGAACAAUGACCGGCAGAAGGAAUAUGUGCUGGUGCGCUCUAAAGAUCUAGAGUUCGAUGAGGAUCCGGGCUCUGCUACCGAGACCUCCAGGGCAGGACACUUCACCUUAGAGCAGUGCCUCAAUCUCUUUACCAAACCUGAGGUCCUGGCCCCUGAGGAGGCAUGGUACUGUCCUAAGUGUCAGCAGCACAGAGAGGCCUCUAAACAGUUGCUACUUUGGCGUCUUCCGAAUGUACUCAUCAUCCAGCUCAAGCGCUUCUCAUUUAGGAGUUUCAUAUGGAGGGACAAGAUUAAUGACAUGGUCGAUUUUCCAGUCAGAAACUUGGAUCUGAGUAAGUUCUGUAUUGGUCAUAAGGGUGACAUCCAGCAGCCGCCAAUCUAUGACCUGUACGCCGUCAUCAACCAUUACGGUGGAAUGAUCGGAGGACACUACACAGCCUACGCUCGUCUUCCCAGCGACAAGAACAGCCAGCUCAGUGAUGUUGGCUGGCGUUUGUUCGAUGACAGCACAGUCACGACGGUGGAGGAGAGUCAGGUGGUGACGCGUUACGCCUAUGUGCUGUUCUAUCGCCGCAGGAACUCUCCAGUAGAAAGGCCGUCUCACCUGCUGGGACCCCUUGGCGCUGAAUCGUCUGCUGCCACCGGUGGUGCUGCCAGUCAGGCGUCUCUGAUAUGGCAGGAACUGGAGGAGGAUGAGGAGGGGCAGCGAGAGGCCUCUUUUCGGAGCCUGUUCCGCCCCGGUCUGCGUGGAAGAAGAGCCAGGAUGAGGCCCGAGCAUGAGGAAGAAGUGGAGGAGGGCAGGGGAGGGCUUUCUCACCGCAGACGAGAUGGCAACUCAGAUUACUCUGACGGCGAACGAAUGAGAUAUUUCAUCUUGGGCACUGUGGCGGCAAUCCUAGCAUUGCUGUUCAACCUCAUCUAUCCUUUGUUGUACUGGUCCAACUGGGUUUGAUGUACUGAGGGCCUGUAGUGGCGAGUACUUGUACAAGAUUUGCACUUUAAACUGAUCGUACUGUUAAUCAUGUCUAUUUUUGAUGGGAUUUUCAAUGUUAUUUAUAUUUGGAGGAGAAUUUUUGCUUUAUAACAUUGUCCAAAUCCUUUUUAAAUAAACACUCAGGAAAAAUAUCUUACAAAAAAUACACGUAUUUAUUAUAUGCAUUUAAUAGUUUAUGCAUAUCUAUAGAUGGGUUUAUUUGCCAGUUCCUUUUUAGACCGAUUUAGACAGAAAAUCCAAAUGUAGAUUAAUAGUACUAAAACGGUAGUCCGUUAGGAAAAUGAAUCACUCACCAUCAUGUUGUUCCAAACCUUUAGGAUUAUUUUUAACCAUUGGUAACCAGUUUCAGUUCCCAUUGACUUCUAUUGUAUUUUAUUGUGCCCAUACAGUGGGUAAAUGGGAAAACAAAAUCAAGUUACCAAGCAUUGUUCAAUAUGUUGUCUUUUUUGUUAAUGCAGGUUUGUAAUCACAUGAUGGUAAGUGAUGACAGAAUGACCUUUUUGGGUGAAAAAGAAAUCUUCAUAACACCUGGCAGCCAGCAUUGCGUACCAGCUAUGUAUAAACAGAAUUAGCAAUGACUCUUCUGCUGACUAACCAUGUAGUUGUCUAAUGUCUAUGCUAAUUAUUAAAUGUUAGUUUUAAAGUCAACAUAAAUUCAACAUAAUUUACUCAUGUUACACCAUAGUAACUAUUAUUAAUGGGCAUAGUUUGGUCUUAUUAUGCUUUAUCAACCAGUCUGUUUUUUUCCUAGAAAAGUUGUUUGUUUGUUUGUUUGAUUUGAUGAAAAUAAUUUUGCCAAUGGUUAGAUAGUGAUUUAGUCCUGUCUUUCUCAACUGGGUUCCUGGAGGACCACCAGCUCUGCACAUUUUCCAUGUUUCCUUAACCAAACACACCUGAUUCAGAUCAUCAGCUCAUUAGCAGAGACCGAAAGACCUGUUAUGGGUGUGACAGAUAGAAGAGACAUGCAAAACAUGCAGCGUUGGUGUGCUUCCAGGAACGUGGUUGAGAAACACUGAAUUAUUCAAUGUUUUUGGCGAACUUACAAAUUUCUGAUCCCAGUUUGUGGCCUCUUUUAUACCUGGUAUUAGCAUGACACACUAUUUUUACGCUUUGAGUUUGAGUUUCAAAAGUGAGAAGCAAUUUAGUGGAUGAAAAAGAUGUGGAGAAUUAUAAUUUUCAGCCAUACUCUGUGUUUUAGUACAAUGGAGUGUAGGUUUAUGGCUGUUUGAAUGCAUUUGACCACAUUUACCCUACAAAAGUAGUCCAAUACUAUGUAUUUUUGUGGACAAGCUCAAAAUGUGACCUUGGUUGUUCUCAUCAAGAUUUUUUCCCUCAAAUCGUAUGUUUUCCAGCAGAUUUACACUGUUAAUUGCAAGUGAUCAAAUUUGUGCGUCUAGACAUAACAAAUCCUAAAUUGUUGUGAUGUUUGGAACUGCAGUAAUGCUAAGCUUCACUCUGUGUGUAGAUACUCGUAUGAGAAUAAUAUAAAAUCGGUUUAACGUCUCAUCCAAAAGAUAGUGCUUACUGACAGUAUAGCGUCCCCUUCACUAUACUGGGGCGCUAGGACUCACACAGACCAGGCUGAGCACCAUCUGCUGGCCUCACUAACACCACUUCCAACAGCAAUCUAGUUUUCCCAAGUGGUCUCCCAUCCAGGUACUGACCAGGCUCAGCCCUGCUUAACUUCUGUAACUGGUCUUGGGCUGCAAGGUGAUAUGGCUAUGGAAUUUUGCUGUUCAUGCUUUUAAAAACCAUAUCUUGUAAAAAAAAAUGGAUUUAAUACCAGGUGUAAAUGAGGGUUUUAUGUUAAACCCACUACUUUGCAAUCAAAUAAUUUCCUAUAAAUAUAAUCCGGUCCUGCCUUGCAAAGUUUUUUGUUUAAAUUUUGUUGCUUUUAUUUACUCCUUGUAAACAUGAAAUGAUUUUCCUCUGUCUUAAUAUGGAAUUGUUGCCAAUGUUCUCAGUCGUCUGCAAUGUUUUGUUUAAUAAUGAGUUUGUAGUUGAGCAUUUUCUGAGUCAGCUCAAUACUGUACUUCUGUUUUCCCUCUACUAUGCACCAUUGAUUCAAAGCCUGAUUGCACAUGUUGUACAUUGACAUGAGAUUCUCAUGUUGUAAUAUGAACGCUACUCUAAUUCGUGGAUGUGUGGCAUUUCCAACAGUCUCAGGGAUGCUGGUGGCCUAUUCAUUGCUUAUGUUUCCGUCCACACUCAAAAAGCCUAAAAGACAUGCGGCUUCUGUGAAUGCCUCAACUCUGGACACCAUGACUAAAAAACAACACCAUCAGAUCUAAUUUUACCUCAUCACAGAUUGUAAUUACAAGUGGUCAUGUAUGAAAUGAUUAAGAUCUGUUUUCGGUUUGUUUUUCAUCAUAAUGGUCUUAUUUGCAGUUGGCGUUCAUGUACUCCGUUCCGAAGAUGCAUGACGUUUCUCCCUUUAUAACGGUGGUUUAUUUUACAGGCUUCUAGCCAGACACUCUUUGGGACAGACCUGGAUCCUGACGGACCCCCUCAGUUGAGCACGGAAGUGACCUCAGACAUGUUUGCACAUUCUG